AUGCCGGAGUACUUCAUCGAAAACUGGUACCUCUGUUUUCCCCUAUUUCAUAUCGCUGGCCUGUCCAUCGCCCUCUCAGGCAUACCAAACGGGCUGCCAACCACUCUGCCCCCGGAGAAGUGGCCUCCAGCUCCGAGUGCCAUUCUCUCGGCAUGGAAAACACUUGAUUCCCUGGGAUAUCCUGCCGACUGUCUUCACUGCGCGCCUUCGGUGAUUGAAGACUUGACUGAAUACAUCUCCCUGACGACAAAAGACUUCACCCCCCUUACCAACCUGAAGGUUCUUCAACCAGGCGGAGCACCACUCCUGCCAGCUACUUUGUCCAAGCUCCAGUCUCUCGGCGUGAACAUCAAGACCACGUACGGAACGACCGAAACCGGCCCGCCGCUCAGAACGAUUCCGCACACAAGAGAAAACCCGGACGUCUAUCGCUUUCGCAACCUCUAUCCCGAGUCACCGUUGGUGCGGAUGGAACCUGUUGGAGAGGGUCUGUUCGAGUGCGUCGUGUACAAAGGCUUCCCUCUGGCAGCGGAGCUCUGGCUCGACGACGACGCGCCCAACCCGUACCGCACUGGCGAUCUGUUUCUCGAGGAGCCUCCGGCGAGCGGGUACUUUGUGCUCCAGGGUCGCCGGGAUGAUAUUUUGGUUCAUUCGAACGGCGAGAAGAGUCAUGCUGCGGCGCUCGCUAUGGCCCUUGAGGAGGACAAGAAUAGCGUGGUGAAGAAGACGGCUGUCUUUGGGACCGGGAAUCCCUGUCCUUCUGUCAUUGUCGAAGUUGAUUGGGACAGGGUAGACAACCGACGACUAGAAAUAGACUUCGAGAAAGCCGUUUGGAGUGCGGUCAGUUGCGUCAACGAGAAGACGCCGACGUACUCCAGAAUCUCGCGGCAGCUGAUGCUCAUCCUCGAAAGGGGUGAGACUCUGCCAGUCACGCCGAAAGGGAACGUCCGGCGCAACAUUGCUUGGGGACUCUUUGGCCAUCGGGUCGAGGACUUGUACGACCGCUUCUUGGGCAAGCCAGAGACUGUCCCUUGUCUCAUCGACGGACCAACAGACGAAAGUGGAUGCCCGACUAUGCAGACUGUCCAGGAAGCAGUCGCAGAUACCUUCGGCGUCGUGGUCGAAGAAGUCAAGCCUGAUCGCAACUGGUACGAACUCGGGCUCGACUCUCUCAAAGCUGUCGAGAUCCGCUCGAAGCUGGUCAAGUCGUUUGGAAGCUUCCCUUUGAUGUUUGUCUUUGAGUAUCCCACAGCAAAAGGACUCUUCGAUUUCCUGCGUCGCUCCGGUGAUGCCACUUUCGGCGCCAACGACAAGAUGAAAAAAGAGCGUCACGAGUGGAUCAAGUCGACCAUCCAACGCCUGAACAGUGAAGUAGACAACUGGGCCCAAUCGACAGGCUCAACAGCUGACUCCAAGGACGGUGAAGUCGUCUACCUGACGGGGGCAAGCGGUUCUCUAGGCAAUGCGCUUCUGGAGGUCUUGGUUCAGCUCUCAUCUGUGAAGGCAAUCUACUGCGCCGUCCGUGGAACCGAUCCCCAAGCCCGAGUUGUAGAGUCCCUCAGAGCCAGGGGAUAUCCCGAGAAAAUCUACCAAAGCGACAAGAUUCGCGGGAUAGGCUACGACAUGACGGACGAAAGGCUAGGUGUGGACCAGCAGACAUACCAAAAGCUGGCGGACGAGGUCACGGUCGUGAUGCACAACGCGUGGAAACUGGAUUUUAACCAGCCAGUCCAGCAGUUCGAGGCUGACUGUCUUCGAGGCACAAUGAGCCUGAUGUCCUUUUGUCUCAAAGGCAAGAAAAAGACGUUUUCUUUCAUGAGCAGCGUGGCCGCCGCGAUGGGAAGUCCGGCCGGCACCGUAAUCCCAGAACUCCCCCUCGGUCCGGAUCCCGCAAACGCUCUGGCGACUGGAUACGCGCAGUCCAAGUUCAUCGUCGAGCAGCUGACGCAGCACUACGCUUCGUCGCGCAACGUGCCCGUGCGUGUCCUCCGAGUCGGCCAGCUCUGCGGCCACACCAGGUUGGGGACGUGGAACCAUACAGAAAUGUGGCCGAUCAUGAUGAUGGCCGGCUUGGAUUUUCUGUCGGCUAUGCCGAUGUUGAAGACAGAGGUGGACUGGCUUCCGGUCGAUGUGUGUGCAGAGGCCAUCCAAGAGGCCGUGUUCUCUUCGAGGGAGGCCUCUUACACGGUGACGAAUCUCACAAACCUGGAUACCAUUUCAUGGGAUGAGCUGCUCGGAACUCUCGAGGAAGCUUCCGGAAGGCAGUUUGAGAGGCUUGACAUGAGGGAAUGGGUCGCUCGAUUGGAGGCCAAGUCGAAUGGCAGCACAGGAGCUGAUCAAACACCGGCAAUGAAGCUAUUGGGAUUCUUCCAGGCCAUGGCCGAGGGCGGCGGAAACGGCGAAGGGGUGACGUUCCAAACCAGAGCAGACUCAGGCCGACCUGUUGAUGUUGCAAUGGUGCGUGGGUGGCUGGAUAGCUGGCGUCGAGAGGGUAAACUAGUCUGA